AUGUCUCUACCAGCAUCCCAGCACCAGCAUCAGCAACAACAACAGCACCAGGUUGUGUCGCCUCAAACUAUCCCCCCAUUGAACUCACCGUAUGGCCAUUCUCCAGGCUCUCAAACGGCCCUGCCAUCUGUUGCCAACCAAGCAGCAAUGUCCCCGCAAGGUUCUUCCUCCACAUCAGCAUCCACCCCCGCACCACUAGCACCAGCACCAGCACCAGUACCAAUAAGACAUCAGAAUACAUAUUCUGGAUCUCCUGGCCACGGGUCUCCAUCAUCAUCAUCAUCAUCAUCAUCAUCAUCAUCAAAACACAAAGAUCUCACAUCGCCUGGAGCGAUGGGACUCUCAGCAAAAAAGCCUUUGCAGCUAAAAACAGCACCACCUUCUAAAGGCAAGCCGCGAGGAAGGAAACGAGGCAGCGGGGCAUCCACCCCACAAGUCUUAAAAGCAGCACCACAACCACAACCACAACCACCAGCAACAACAUCAACAUCAACAUCAACAACAACAUCAACAUCAACAUCAACCUCAACCUCAACCUCAACCUUAAACUCCAAUGCUACUACCAAUAUUCCCAACCGCGACCAUAAUCCAUCGUCUCUUGCUGCGAUUCUUGCACAUCCAGUAUCUCACCCAUCACCACUGGGUCCUUCGGCGUCCUCAGCUGAAGAAUCAACCCCUCCCAGACCAGCACAAGUAGGCCGACAGCAAACUUCGAAAAAACCCAAGCGAAGGAAAGUAGAUCACGCGUGUGUGUACUGUCGACGAUCCCAUAUGACUUGUGACGAUGAGCGGCCCUGUACCCGGUGCAUCCGGCGUAAUAUUGGGCACCUGUGUCGUGAUGAGCCCAAGCGCAAAUCUGGGGCAGCUAGUAGUGCAUCCCCAGACCAAAAGGCUAGUGAGGGUCCCGGGUCAUCAGCAUCUAGCAAGGCUGGGAAGUCAGUGUCGCCAACACCUAUUUUGGCAAGUAAUAACAUCAAUAAUGGCCCUGAGCCGCUACCGUCGUCAGUGCACCAACCUGCAGCACUAGUGCUAACGUCCACGUCGCAAAGCCUCACGUUUACCGAAUUGCAGGAUUCCAAAAACAAUUUACCAUUCCACAGUAACAAUCCAUCCUACUCCGGUUCGCCACCUUCUCCUGCGUCUCCUUCCAACUUGAAGAAUACCCAGCAUAUGACAACCAACUCGCCCAAGACGAGUAAUACUAACUUUUCACAUCCGCUUUCUCAGUCAUUGACUAUGGAUAAGCAAGCCUCUCAAUCCGCAACACCUGGGCUUGCUAACAAUAACAAUAAUAAUGUUGUCAACAACAAUGGUGUCAACAACAAUGGUAUCAAUAAUAACAAUAAUAACAAUAAUAAUAACAAUAAUAAUAACAACAACAACAACAACUAUAAUAGUCAGUCGUUCAGUAGAACACCCUUUUUAAAUGACUGGUUAGGAACUCAGAGUAUUUUGUCACAAACCUCCGAGUUUAAUCAGAAUUUGUUUUUCUCGGAGCACGCCAAUAGCGAGUUUGCAUCGCUGGGCGAUUUUCUUGCCAUGAUUGAAGACCCUAAUGCAAACUCAGACUUUUUGCUACCAGGGUCACUCGGGAACUCAGCGCCUGGGUCGACCAACAUUUCACCAGGGAUUUCACGCAAGAGCUCUAACACGGAUGUGACAAAACUGACAUCUGUGCUUGGAAUGGCACCAUUUGGUAAUAACUCAAAUACUUUUAAUGGAAACUUUAAUGGUGAUAAUAGUCAGCAACAGCAGCCACAACAAUUGGCUCCCUUUAAUCAGUACACAUCACAGUCUGUUCAAUAUAAUAAUCCACAGAACCAACAGAACCAACAGAACCAACAUCAUCAACAUCAUCAACAUCAUCAACAACAACAAUCACUACAGCCACUACAUCAUCAUCUUUAUCAAACACAGCCACAACCACAACCACAACCACAACCACGACAGCAGCAACAGCAACAGCAACUACAACUGCAACAACGGCAUUUACAACCACAUCAACAAUCGAUACAUUCUAAUCAGUAUCAGAUACCUUCUUCACAGCCGCAUCAACCGGUGAUUUCGGACUCUGCAAGAGAUAAAUUCUUUUUAACAGCAGCGGACCCGUCGGUUGAUGUUUCGCCAGAAGAGCGGCUGAAGCAGGUUAUUCGAGCAAAAGUGGAGGCCGGGUUGUUACAGCCUUUCAACUAUGCGCGGGGAUACGCGCGGCUUCAAAAGUAUAUGGAUAGCUACAUGAACCAGUCAUCAAAACAACGGAUUCUUAAGCCACUUUCUGUGUUUCGACCGGCGUUUAGGGCAAUUGCACAGUCAUUGUUGGACGUUGAUCUAGUACUUGUGGAAGAGGCAUUUGAACGGAUGUUACUUGACUAUGAUCGAAUCUUUACGUCGAUGGCUAUUCCAGCGUGUUUGUGGCGACGUACUGGAGAGAUUUACCGGGGGAACAAGGAGUUUGCAGGACUUGUUGAAGUAUCUGUUGAAGAUCUUCGGGAUGGAAAGCUUGCAAUCUAUGAGCUCAUGUCUGAAGAGUCUGCAGUCAAUUAUUGGGAAAAAUAUGGGAGUAUUGCAUUUGAUGCUGGGCAAAAAGCAGUGUUAACGAGUUGCAACUUACGAACUCGAGAUGGACGGAAACGGCGGGCAUGCUGUUUUUCAUUUACGAUUCAACGGGAUUGUUAUAAUAUACCUAGUUGUAUUAUUGGGAAUUUUAUACCAAUUCACCCUUGA